AUGGAAGGACAGCCUGUGGUUACCACCAAGCAAGCUGAAGAGGUAAUUAAUGGGUGUACUACCCAAGUGGUCUGCUCUGCCUUCACAGAUCAUAUUCUGGUUGUGGUGACACAGUACGGGAAGUUGGGCACACUGGUCUAUGUGACUCCUAACUCAGUAACUGGAGACUUGGGCAAUCCCACCCUUACCACCAAAGUCCUUCUAGGAUGUGAUGAGCCUCUCGUUCAUGUCUGCGCCAAGAAUUUGGUUAGCUUUGUAUCUCAAGAAUCGAAGAACAAGCCAGUACUUCUAGGCAUUGCACUAAAGGACCAAAGUCCGGAUUGUAUGACUGCACUGAAAGCCCUGAUAAAGAGCUGUCAGGUUUGGUGA